AUGGCUCCUGACAAGUCCGCUUGGAUACACUCCGUUAUCCAGGCAAGGGGCCUACGGGGGCGGUGGGAGGCGAGUCGAGGAUAUGAUGGUGGAUGGGCAUCCUCGACAGCUCCCUCGCGCCCGGGUCUUGCAAGGCAGGGGUCGGUGGCGGUGGUAGGGCAGUAG